AUGGGUAAAGAAAUGAACAAUCUUAUCAAGAACAUUCAGAACAGUGAAACAGAAGAAACAAUACAGGAACUCACGAAUCAAAUACAUAGAAGACAGACAUACAUAAUAACAGAAUGUACAAAAACCUACAACAAAAAACUAGAAACACUGACUAGGAGAACAAACAUACAAAUGGACACAAAAUAUUUGACAGACGAUACAAUAGAGAACAUCACACAAGCAACACUCCCCCCAUAUGUAAUUGAUACUCUCAAAUUGGGAGCAAAAUUUGCCAUAGAAGACAAUAACAUCGGAAAAGUCCCAACACACCAAAUAUUGGCACAUAUUGAAGGAGGAAUCACAAAAUUACCAACAGACGAACAGAAUGACAUACGAAUGAAAGUAUCACAAACACUAAGUUCACAUAUAAAAAACAUAAAGGGACAAAAACAGAGACACAACAAACAUUUGACUAACUUUACCAAAACAAAAAAAUUUUUCAAAGAACACAACGAAUUACUAAUUACAAGAGCAGACAAAGGAAACAAGACAGUAAUCAUGACAAACACGGAAUACGAAGAAAAAAUGAGCAUUUUGUUGAAAGAUAAUACUACAUACAUAAAAACUAAACGAGACAUGACGCUAACAUUAGAAAAAGAAAACAACAAAAUAAUAAAGAAUUGGAAAGAGAAAGGAUUCAUAUCAGAAAUUGAUUACAAAACUUUGAUCAUACACAACAGCAAAACACCAAAAAUAUACGGAUUACCUAAAAUCCACAAAGAAGGAAAUCCUUUACGUCCAAUAGUGUCUUGUGUCCAAUCACCUUUAUACCAUCUAUCAAAAUACCUAGCGGAAAUACUAACACGUACAACCGGUAACAAUGAAUACUACAUAAAAAACUCAAUAGAGCUAAAAGAACAAUUAAAUAAAUUAAAAAUAAACAAAAAUGAUAAAUUAUAUUCACUUGAUGUAGUAUCUCUAUACACAAAUAUCCCUAUUGAGCUAGUGAAAGAAUAUAUAUAG